AUGGCGGGAAUGGAGCUACCAGUUGACGAGGUUGAUAUCGCUCUGUUUGCUUCAGCAACGAGAGUAACAGUCAACAAUGGCCGGACAGCAAGGUUCUGGUGGUCAAGUUGGUUGAAUGGAAACACCCCGGCUCUGCUCUUUCCGUUGCUUUUCAAGCACAGCAAAAGGAAAAACAGAACAGUAGCCGAGGCAAUGUUGGAAGAACAAUGGAUACAGGACAUUUCACAUGAUCUGACCGUUCAUCUCUUGGAUGAGUUUGUCCGUAUGUGGGGGCUGAUUGAUGAAGUCAACUUUGAUGCAAACAACCUAGAAUCAGACACAAUAAUUUGGACAAGAACUGCAUCGGGAGAGUACUCCGCAAAAUCGGCUUAUGACAUGCAGUUUGAGGGCGGGCUGCUGUCUUUGUUCCCAAAGAUGGUCUGGAAGGUGCAAGUUUUUUAUGUGGCUUAUGUUACAGAACAGGGUGUGGACAGCUGA